UGAUGGUUGCCACAGUAACGGGGUCCUGGGAAGACGCGUUGCCGUGGUGGCCUGGGGAUGGAGCCGAUGGAGCCGCGCCCGGGUCCCUCGGGGCCUGGAGUGGCUGAAGGGCCGCAGCCUGAGCCCGAGGGCGCGGGGGGAGCGCGGUCCGUCUGCCCCUUCCUGACCUGGAGCGCCGAGGAAGUGGCUGAGUGGGUGGCGCAGCUCGGCUUCCCCCAGUACGAGGAAUGCUUCAGGGCCAACGGCAUCACCGGCCGCCGCCUCAUCCAGGCGAACUGCUCCAACCUGCCCGCCAUGGGCGUCACGGACUUCGGCCACAUGCAGGAAAUUUCACGACACGUGCGAGAGCUGCUGGGGAUUGAGGAGCCUCUCUUCAGCAGAUCCAUUGCCCUCCCAUACAGAGACAAUAUGGGUCUCUUCCUAGAGAGAAAGGCACCAACAGGAGAAAAAGCAGAUGCCCUCACUUUCUCACAGUUUGUCCAAAAAGCAGGACUGGAACCCUAUACUACAGUUCCUUCUUUGCAAGGAUCCCAGACCAUGGCAGGAGUGGAUGCUCUCCCUGCAUCACAGGACAUGCAGAGGCAGAAUUAGAGACUCAUGCUGCACUUUUGCCUUUGUAAAAAGCAGCCACGGCCACUGUACCUUUAUUGCCUUGUAGAUUGUUCAAGGAGGUACAGUUCCACCUUUACACAAUUACAAAAAAUUGUGCACUGCCCCACCACUGCAGCUCUUAGACAUUUUAUUACACCAAACCUGUUCCCACAUUGUCUCUUUUCUGCAAUACUUCACUUGCUUACAGGAACUAAAUGAAGUGGAGGUCGUAGAUCAGACUGUACCAUUGUCUGUCUUUCAUUUUUGCUUCACAGUUGAUUAAAAAAGACCAAAAAACAAUUAGGCAAAUAUUUUAGGCACAAGUGAUUGAUAGGAACUUCCCAGAUGCUCAAGUGAAUAGAUUUCUCCCAGGCUUCAGUGUCUGCAGUCUGGGCUUGCUCUGAAACCCAGAAGUAAGAUAAAUGGCAUAUACAAUAACUGGGGUGCAGGUGUGGUGACAGAUGCUGUCAACAAUCAUAAUUAAGCAAGGGGUCUAGGUGCAACACGCAUAACUAAUCCUUGGCCUCACCACAGAGGCCAGUAAAUGAUUUCCUGUGAGACAAAACCAGGCAGGCAGUGUUUCAUCAUGGUAAAUAGUACUGAAAUACAUGAUAGAUGGUGGCAGAAAGUACAAAAGAACACAAAACUAGAUAAUUUAGGGAAUAAAAAUUUCUUUGUUGCAGGUGGAUUUGGACAGAGUAUCCAGUUACCUCCUUUUUUCUUGAAGGACUUAUCAUAUAGUCUCUGGUGGUGAGGGUGGGAUGGAUUAUCACCAGCAAGGAAGUAGAAGUGCUGAUGAAAGCCUGGCUUAACAGAAAGAGCACUCCUGACUAAAUCAUUAGUAUGUUGUCAGGAUUCAAUGGUUUUCUCAAGACCCUCCAGGGGAAUAACAAAAUACAACAAAAAAAGACUGGGCCUGAUCCUGUUUAGUUUGUUACACCAAAGCUGUAGCCCCUACAAAAUAACUGUAAUUUGGGUCUGUAAUUCAGUUUUGUAUGGAAGCUGCAAUAGAAACACAGUGAAACUGAUGCAGUUCAUAGGCCAAAAAGACCAUGUAAUAAGCAAAUUCAGACAAAAAAAAAAAAAAAAGCUCAGGCAACCAGGGAUAAGCAAGUUUGCUGAGCAGUGUAGAGAGUGAAACUCAUAGAACAAAAUGUGUACAUAGGGUUAUUGGCUAGAAUACUUUAAAGAGUCUGACAGUUAACAGUGCUGGUUCUUAUACCACUUAGUCCCAUGAAGGAACUGGGAUGAGAUCUCAGCAAAGCAUUCCUCAUGGACUUCAUUAUGAUUUAUGAAGAUUUAGAAUCAUAAUCACCAUUUUCCUCUGGAAUUUCUGAGAAACCGUUGGAAGCAGCUGUGGAGAAUGGAGAGUUGUCAUUCAGUAUCAUGCUAGGCUCUACUACAGCUGAAUGAGAGAUGUCUUGGUGCUGACCAGCCCACAUUGCUUUGUAGGACAGUCUCCAGAAGGUGCCUGGUAUGGUAGAGCACCAGGCAUCAGAUGGCACCAGACAGGCUCUCUCUUUUCUAGCAGCUGGCUAAAGAGAGACUUCCUCAGUGGCACAGCUGUCAGAUCAAACCUGGGGAAGGUUCUGGGAAGGGAAAACAAGUGGAAACAUUUACUGGUAACAAUAGUCCAAAGCAGCUUGCUAAUAAUGUAACGGAUAGUGGUUUUCUUCAGUGUCUGACUGCAAGACUCUUUCUUAGGCCUUUGAGAAACCACCAGACUCAGAGACUUGAAUACAAAAUGUUCCAGGCAUCACUCUGUCAAGUGAAGAAAAACUGAGACUAAUGGCUCUAAAAUAGUCCUGGAAAAGCUGGAAUCCUUUCCCUCAAGCAGCAUUCCCCUGACUUAACAUCCUCAACAGUUCAUGAACUGUUCAUGAUCAUUACCCCCAAGAACUGUCUUCUCUAGAUAUUCCCAAAGGAAUUCUUUUUUUUUUUUGCAUCCAAUGCCCUAGGUUUGAUCAGUUGCUUCAGACAACCCUGUUAAGUAGGAUCUGGGGACAAAAUAACUCUGUCCAGGUCUUCUGUUGCUAAUAUAUCAUCUAAGGCAAUUUCUAGGGCAGAGAUGUGGUCCUAAA